AUGUUUGUCAGCUUGUUGAGGUACUCGGUUGAUGGUGCAGUCUAUCCAGCCCAGCUAUUGAACAGGGCAGCCCUGGAAGCCUGGAUUGUGAUGAGUAUAGAUGAUGCAGCUCCAAUGCCGCAAGUCAUCACAUCUCUCGGAUCUGUGGCCGGUGGUGUUGCGAUUUCUCUUGACACCUUUGAAGGCAAACCCAGCCUCUCAGCAUCAGCGGUUGGGAAUGUGGCGCACCUUGAGUACAAUGGCUUGAGUGGCUUGACACUCAUCCGAGUGUGCUGGAAAUGGGGUGACAAACUUACAGUCCAGGCGUCUGGCGCAACAGCGAUGGUGAGCUUGGCAACCGUCCCCAAUUUCACCACGGCCAGUGCGGAUGAAGAGAAGGGCUUUGUGGUAGGUGGCCAAGCUGGUGACACAGCAGCGAGCUACUUCACGGGGAGCCUCGGCGAGCUGAUUUUCUUUGACCAGCUCCUCCCGGAUGCGGAGGCCCAGAGCUUCGACGACUACAUGUCGAAGAAAUGGAACGUUGCCAGCGUUUUCUCCCAGUAA